GUUUUUGGUUCACUGCAGAGAUUGGAGAGAAAUUCACGGUACUCUUCAAAUAUCUCCCUCCCUCCAUUCCUCCCUAUUUCUCUCCUCCCUCUCCCUUAUUAACUACCCACAUCUCACAAUCAUCAUCCCAAGCUCAGUCACAUUCCCUCCCCCCACCCCUCCGCCCACACAAACACGCAGUGGAGAAGAAUCCCCUGAAGUAAACGUCUGCAAACAUGAGAGAAAUCCUACACAUUCAGGGAGGCCAAUGCGGGAACCAAAUCGGCUCCAAGUUCUGGGAGGUGAUCUGCGAUGAGCACGGCGUUGACCCCACCGGGAAGUACAAGGGCGAUGGAUCGUCCUCCGAGACGCAGUUAGAGAGGAUCAAUGUCUACUUUAACGAGGCGUCUGGUGGGAGGUACGUGCCGCGUGCCGUCCUUAUGGAUCUGGAACCUGGUACAAUGGAUUCAAUCAGAUCCGGUCCCUACGGCCAGAUCUUCCGGCCGGAUAAUUUUGUGUUCGGGCAGUCGGGUGCGGGGAAUAACUGGGCGAAAGGACAUUAUACUGAGGGCGCGGAGCUGAUUGAUUCCGUGCUCGAUGUUGUUAGGAAGGAGGCCGAGAAUUGUGAUUGCUUGCAAGGAUUUCAGGUAUGCCACUCUCUUGGAGGUGGCACAGGUUCUGGCAUGGGUACCCUGUUGAUUUCAAAGAUCAGAGAGGAAUAUCCAGAUAGAAUGAUGCUCACCUUCUCUGUUUUCCCAUCGCCAAAGGUCUCUGACACUGUCGUUGAACCCUAUAACGCCACUCUCUCAGUGCACCAAUUGGUGGAGAAUGCUGAUGAAUGCAUGGUCCUCGACAAUGAAGCUCUCUAUGACAUCUGUUUCAGGACUUUGAAGCUCAGCACUCCAAGCUUUGGUGAUUUGAACCAUUUAAUUUCUGCAACCAUGAGUGGUGUAACCUGUUGUUUGAGAUUCCCCGGCCAGCUGAAUUCUGAUCUCCGGAAGCUGGCUGUGAACCUGAUACCUUUCCCUCGUCUUCAUUUCUUCAUGGUGGGCUUCGCUCCACUUACCUCUCGUGGAUCACAACACUACAUCUCUCUCACUGUCCCUGAGCUAACACAACAAAUGUGGGACGCAAAGAACAUGAUGUGUGCUGCUGAUCCUCGCCAUGGACGCUACCUGACAGCCUCUGCCAUGUUCCGGGGCAAAAUGAGCACAAAGGAGGUGGACGAGCAGAUGCUUAACGUGCAGAACAAGAACUCUUCAUACUUUGUUGAGUGGAUCCCCAACAAUGUGAAGUCUAGCGUGUGUGAUAUUCCACCAACGGGGCUGAAGAUGGCAUCCACAUUCGUGGGGAACUCAACAUCAAUUCAGGAAAUGUUCCGAAGAGUGAGCGAGCAGUUCACUGCCAUGUUCAGAAGAAAGGCCUUCUUGCACUGGUACACUGGGGAGGGCAUGGAUGAAAUGGAGUUCACUGAAGCUGAGAGCAACAUGAACGAUCUGGUGGCAGAGUACCAGCAAUAUCAGGAUGCGACUGCAGAUGAUGAAGAAGACUAUGAAGAGGGUGUUGAAGAGCAGUAUGACAACUGAAAGAGUUUAUGAAUAGAUUCUUGUUUUUCACUGCUUUUUUGCGUGUUUUCUACUAUCAUAUAUCAUGUAUUAUGUUUUCAUGCUUCAUUUUCUUUAUCCUGAACUUAAUACCCAGCUUGCUGGCUUUUAUUUGUGAGUAUCAUUUUAUCCAUCAUUUGUAUUAUUGUUGGUAUUUCUUUGGUGCAUUGAGGUCUAAAAUUCAAUUCAUGGAGUCUUAAA